GGUGCAAUGGUGCAAGAAUGGAGACCAGCAGUCCAUUGACAGACUCCGUGGAUAGCCCAUUAGGUGCCCAUUAGGUGCCCAUCACCGGCAUCGCCGCUUAUCUCUCAGCCUUGGACCUGCUGGAACCCAUGUCCAAUCUAGGAGCGCUAACCCAUUUAAUACUCGUAUCGUAGCGACACACCAUACGCAUCCAGGACGUUGCUCUUGCCGAUGGAUGCGGGGGGUUAUGCGAGUGCUCGGGAAAGCCUCUGCAUCCUUACCAUCAUGGCGUGCUACUGGUAGCAGAGUGAUUGGGCUGCUAUUUGUAUCUUUAUACCCUUUCAUACAGCUGCUGUGGCAUAAGCUUCUAGUGGUCAAACAUUCAAUUCUCGACAAUGACAGACCUGAGCAAACGCGUCGUGAUCAUUGGCGCUGGCAUCGUCGGCACCAACCUCGCCGACGAGCUGGUAUCGCGAGGAUGGACAAACAUCACAGUCGUCGAGCAGGGACCUUUGAACAUGCCCGGAGGCUCGACGUCGCAUGCUCCGGGGCUGGUUUUUCAGAUAAACCCCUCAAAGUCAAUGACACACUUUGCGCGAUACACGAUGGACAAGUUACUAUCGCUAGACUGCUUCAACCAGGUAGGCGGUCUCGAGAUCGCGACGACUCCUGAGCGAAUGGAGGAGCUCAAGCGAAAACAUGGCUACGCGUCUUCGUGGGGCGUUGAUGCCCGUUUGAUCAGCGCCGACGAGUGCGUGAAGCUUUACCCUCACCUGAACAGAGAUAUGGUGCUCGGCGGCCUGCACAUCCCCAGUGACGGAUUGGCACUGGCUGCGAAAGCCGUACAGCAGCUGAUUGAACGAACACGGAAGGCUGGCGUUCGUUAUCUUCAGUUGACCCCGGUCACUGGCAUCCAGCAAGCUGACGGUCACGUUACUGGCGUGACGACCUCCGACGGCACCAUUCCCGCCGACAUCGUCAUCUCCUGCGCAGGCUUCUGGGGUGUCGAAGUGGGUGCUAUGGUCGGCUUGACGAUACCCCUGGUUCCGCUGGCUCACCAAUACGUGAAGACCACCAAGGUUCCCGCCCUGGCCGGCCGUGCCUCCCCGGUACCAAACGGAGCGAGACUGCCGAUAUUACGGUAUCAGGACCAAGACCUUUAUUAUCGCGAGCACGGUGAGCAGUAUGGGAUCGGAUACUAUGGCCAUCGUCCGAUGCCCGUCGUUGCCGCGUCCUUAGGAGCAACUCCCAAGCACGUUGACGAAAAGAACAUGCCAUCUCGAUUGGAAUUUACUCCCAAAGAUUUCGAGCCGGCGUGGAAAUACUCCCAGGAGCUGCUGCCCGCGUUAAAGCAAAGCGAGAUCGCAGACGGGUUCAACGGAAUAUUCUCGUUCACCCCUGACGGCGGCUCCAUUGUCGGCGAGGCACCUACGCUGGACGGUUUCUGGGUGGCAGAAGCAAUCUGGGUGACGCAUUCUGCCGGUAUUGCAAGGGCUGUGGCGGAGGUCUUAACAACUGGCAAGUCUCAGAUUGACUUGACCGAGUGCGAUUUAUCCCGGUUCGACGAAGUUCAACUUAGCCGGGCAUACAUCCAAGAGACAUCGCAGCAGAACUUUGUGGAAGUGUACGAUAUCAUACACCCACUGGAGCCAAAACAGUCUCCGCGCAAUCUGCGAGUCAGUCCAUUCCACGCUCGACAGCGUGAGCUUGGAGCGUAUUUCCUCGAAUCUGGUGCUUGGGAACGGCCGUUCUGGUACGAGGCCAAUGCAAAGCUGCUCAAGAGCCUACCGGAGGAAUGGCAGCCGGUCGACCGAGACGCGUGGUCGUCUCGACACUACUCUCCAAUCGCCGCGGUGGAGGCUUGGAAGACGAGGACGGCAGUGGCCAUGUACGACAUGACACCACUGCGUCGACUUGAGGUGUCGGGACCUGGAGCAGUUGACCUUCUACAACGGCUAACCACGACCGAUGUCUCCAAAGACCCCGGGUCCGUUGCUUACUCGCUACUGCUCACCGAGCACGGGGGCAUCCGCAGCGAGAUAACCACCGCCAGAAUUGAGCCAGACGUAUUCCAGGUGGCCUGCAACACACCAAUCGAUCUAGCCUACCUCAGUCGAGAAGCCAGAUUGCAGGCGCAGAAGACACCAGCGAAGUGGGCACAAGUCCGAGACGUCACCGGAAGCGUCUGCGGCGUUGGACUCUGGGGCCCUCGUGCUCUCGACGUGAUUAGCCAGAUCAGCCCGGAUGAUUUCAAGGGUCUGCGCUACUCCUGUUGCAAAAGAAUGAGCGUUGGCGGCAUUCCAGUCACAGCCAUCCGGCUGUCCUACGUUGGAGAGCUGGGUUGGGAGCUCUGGACCAGCGCCGAGUACGGCCAGGCACUGUGGGACGCGGUCUGGAAAGCCGGCCAGUCUCACGGACUGGUUGCCGCAGGCCGCACUGCCUUCAACUCGUUGCGAAUGGAGAAGGGCUUUCGCUUCUUCGGCACAGACAUGACAACCGAACACGAUCCGUACGAAGCUGGACUGAGCUUUGCCGUCGACCCAUUCAAGAAGGGCUACGUGGGUCAAACUGCGCUGGAGGGACGAUCCAAGUCUCCUGCUCGACGUCUACGCUGCCUCGUCAUUGACGAUGGCCGCUCGGUCGUCAUGGGUAAGGAGCCCGUGUUCCUCAAUGGCAAGGCAAGCGGCUAUGUCACCAGCGCAUCAUUCGGGUACACGAUGCGCAAGCCUAUUGCUUAUGCCUGGCUGCCUGGUACGGUGAAAGAGGGCGAGUCUGUCGAGAUUGAGUACUUCGGCAAGAGGAUCAAAGCCACCGUCAGCCGCGAACCCCUAUACGAUCCGCGAAUGAGACGUUUGAGGGACACGAACGCCGGACCAUCCGCCAAGUUAUGAAUGUUGAUCACGGAAUUGGCAUGUGUCGAUGCUAUCAAGGUAUGAUGACCCUGGCCGGAUGCAGGAUGGAGCUCCUGGGUAUGGUUGUCCAACGACUGUCUGAACGGAAAUCCCAAAGUAACAUGUUUGGAUCGGCAGCAAUUCGUUGGGAGGCAGAGGUUGAAGCAUUAGAGAGCCUUCCGAUACCAGCUAUCGUUUCACUUGAGAGCGUUUCAGGUCGCUGACACAUAUUCUUGCAUGCUGGAGUCGCCAUUUACUGGAAACAAGAUUGUCACCAUUGUUACACCCGUGAUUCUGGUAUGGAAGAUCAUGGACCUUCAGAAUGACUCUCACAUGUUGAGAGACGCCAUAUCAUGUGCGAGUACACUCACAUCAUGCACAAGAAGCCACAAGCGACACAAAAGAGCCAGAAGCGACAUGCAGCCACAAGCGACCAAGUGCGUGCAAUCGACGUUGUCCCAAUGCAACUGUUACCAGACAUCUUGUCAAGAGCCAGCACGCCAGGUUCAGACAUCACGAUCUAGACUCGAGCCUCAAACUUGACCUGAUCGCCAUGCCCACUUUUUCUGGCAAGGCUCCAGCUCACAUCUUGGGUCAUGCAAAGGAGACAGCAUCUUGGGGAUAGUAUAUGCACGAUCAUGGCGCAACUCACCAUCGCACGCCUGCCAGAGCUACCAUAAUCAAGAAACGUCGCAAAGUUAGUCAUACGCACCUGAGACCAU